AUGUUUUCCAUAUUAUCAAAUCCAACCUUAUGCUGCUCAAAUAGUUUUUGCUGUGCUUUCUUAUGUGGAUUAUGCAUGAGGCAAUGCAAUACGAAGACUUCACAUCAUGCUAAGUUGGGGUAUAUUGCUAUUACGCUCCUAGCGUGCUUUAUGUCUUUGAUAGCACUUAUAUGGGGCUCUUGAUUGUUUGAAAAACUUGAUUUGAUUGGACUUGUGGACUGUUAUGACGAUGAUUCUAAGUGUAUUGGUAUCAGUGUGGUCUAUAGAAUAAGUUUUUCACUAGGAAUGCUUUUUAUUACUGCUACAAUACUAUCGCUUAUUGGGGGAGAAAUUUUUGAGCUGUUUGAGAAUAGCUGCUGGCUAUUGAAGAUUUUUGUAUUUUUCACUGUUUUACUAUUAACGUUUAUGGUCCCGAACUAUAUUUUUGUAAACAUUAUUUAGGACUGAUACAUCAUCUUUUCAGUGAUAGUCGGAAUUAUAUUUUUAGUGUCACAGAUUAUUAUCCUUAUUGACUUUGCUUAUCACUGAAAUGAGGCCUGGGUUGAAAACUAUGAAAACUCCAACGAAUCCCGCUUUUGGAUGUUUUGACUAUUUUUCUUUCCAAUCUUGUCUUGGAUUCUAAUAUUCACAAUGUCAAUUUCAAGCUUUAUUUAUUUUCAAUGCACAGGACCCAUUGCAUUGACUUCAGCAAGCCUUCUGUUUGGAAUUGGGCUUACAGCAGUAAGCAGCUCGAAACUAAUAGAGCAUGGCUGUAAUCUUUAUUUAGCUUUGCUUACAAGCUCAUUCAUUUCGUUAAUUUUCAAUUACUGGACUUUUAGCGCUUUAGCUUCAAAUCCAGUCGAAACUUGCAAUUUAUGAGAAUCAAGGCAACACAAUUUUUUAUUAGUUGGGGCAGACUUAUUUGUGUGCAUGCUAACUUUGGCAUAUUUCGCUAUGAAAAUUGAAGGGAAGCCACAUUAUGAAGAAGUAAAAACUUCUGACGUCUCAUCAUUGGAAAUGAAAUCUAUGAAAGAAAUUACUACAACAGACGAAGAAUAUGUACAUCAGCAAAAUCCUACACAAAAGGUUAGCUUGCAGCAGAAUUCAACUUAUUUUCAUUUAUUGAUGACUGUUUAUUCGCUAACACUUGCGAUGAUUUUGACUAAUUGGGGGCUAGUUACAGGGUGGAUGUAAGUUAUAUAUACUAAAUUCCUGGGGAUAGCGCGGAAUACGCUAUCCCCAGGACCAACCGGGAUCGGAUCCACACAUGGAACGGGGGGUUCCAUGUGUGGAUCCAUUUUUGACAUGUGAGAUAUUUACUUUCACGUGUCAAAAAUGGAUCCACACAUGGAACCCUCGUUCCAUGUGGGAUCCGAUCCCGUUGGUCCUGGGGAUAGCGUAUUCCGCGCUAUCCCCAGGAAUUUUCUAUAUAGGACUUCUAUGAGUUUUUGGAUUAGGAUCUGCCAAGCAAGCUUGUGUAUGAUUCUUUUCUUUUGAAGUGUUUUGGCUCCUUCAUGCUGCCCAGAUAGAGAUUUCUCAUUAUAA